CUAUAAAAGUUGACGAUUGUGUCAAGAAAUGUAUCAUUCGCAAAUCAAGUUCACUUCUGAAAAGAACCACCAACUAUAAACCACUCAAAUCCAUAUAAAAUGGCCUUCAAGUUCGUUUUCGCUUUGGCAUUUGUGGCUGUGGCCAGCGCUGGUUAUGCCCCAUUGGCCUACCAUCAGGCAGUGGCUCCAGUCGCAGCUCCUUUGGCUGUUGCCCACAAGGUCGUGGUCAAGUCCGAGGAACCCUAUGACCCCCAUCCACAGUACCGUUUCUCUUAUGGUGUCGAUGACAAGCUGACUGGCGACAAUAAGGCUCAAGUGGAGGAACGCGAUGGUGAUGUGGUCCGUGGCGAGUACUCCCUGAUCGAUGCUGAUGGCUACAAACGCACUGUCCAAUACACCGCUGAUCCCAUCAAUGGAUUCAAUGCCGUCGUCAACCGCGAACCUUUGGCUCACUAUGUGAAGACCGUUGCCCCAGUUGCCCACUAUGCUGCCCCAGCCGUGGUCAAGACUGUUGCUCCCGUUGCUCACUAUGCUGCUCCAUCUGUGGCUCACUAUGCUGCUCCGUCUGUGGCUCACUAUGCUGCUCCCGCUGUCGUCAAGACUGUGGCUCCAGUGGCCCACUAUGCUGCUCCAGUUGCUCAUCAUUAUGCCGCUCCCGCUACUGUGGUCAAGACCGUGGCUGCUCCUGCUGUGGCUCACUAUGCCGCCGCUCCCGCUGUCCAUUAUGCUCCAGCCCCUGCCACCUAUGCCGCCUACUCUGCUCCAGCUGUCAGCUAUCAUCACUAAGACCUGCAUCCUAUUCUGGCCAUUGUAUAUAGAAUUGUUGCUCCUAUUAUUACUGUACAUUUAUUUAUUGCACUGCAUCAAUAAAAAAAUGUCUACGAGUAUGUAGAAUCCAUUAUAUCAAAUCAAAAAAGAAAAA